UGUGAGUUUCCGUGAAUUUCUGUGAUCGAGGCUAUUUGGUGAAUUUGUAGCUGGUGGCUGAAGACACUGUAUAAUGGUAAAAAUCCUGCUAAGGUGGUGUUAAAACUGUUGAAUAACAUUUGGAAUUAAUAUCAGUGACGUUCAAUUCAUAAAUGAUUCGUUACAAAUAUGUUGUAGAAUUUGUGAUACUUUUCAAUACAUAGUGACGCGAUUCGAUCCGCCAUAAACCCGAGUCUAUCAGUUUUCUGACUUUAUCAGUGUUUGAUAUGUUCUAACUUAUAAUCAAGAUGGCAAGCCCAUCUCCACAGAGCAGCCCUAUGCCGCCACCACAAGCUCCCAGUCCCAUGGGGCCGCCGACGCAGAGUCCAGCACCGCCGCAGUCCCCGCAUAGUCCUUACAAUCAACAACACGUUAAUGGGCCACCACCUGCACAUCCUCCAAGUACUGCACAACCACCGAUGCAAAAUCAUAUGGCACCUUCAGGGCCGCCUCAUUCAAUGGCCACUAAUACCAAUGGUGGGCCGCAACAACAUCCUGGAAUUCCGCCAUCUGGACAUCAAAUGUCGCCGCACAUGGUCGGACCACACAUGCCUGGCCCACCAGGACAUCCUAUGAGUACACCAGGAUCACAUCAAGGGCCUGGUGGCCCAAAUGGUCAUUCUAAUAUGCCUAACAAUCCGCAACAUCCAAACAUGCCUGUCCAGGGGCCUCCUCAUGGAUACAUGCAGCAUCAAAUUGGACAUAUGCCACCUAAUCAGGGUCCAAUGACAAUGGGCAGCGGCCCUCCGCCGCCAGGUAAUGGACCACAAGGGCCGCCGGGGCCUCCUCUGCCACUAGGUGGCCCACCGCCACACGGAGUACAUCCACAAGGAAUGCCACCUAUGCCUCCGCAUCACAGCAUGAUGGCGUCGCAAGCGGGCUAUUCUCAUGCUGCGCCUACGCCCGGAGGCGCGCCCACUGCCCCCGGCGGCGCGCCCGCCAGCCAGGCGCCACCGGGCGCGCCGCAGCAGCCGCCCGCGGCGCAGACGCCUCCGCACGGCUCCGCGCCGCCGCCCUCCACGUCGGCCAAUGGAGCGCCUUCUUCGUCACCGAUGCAGGGUUCGCUCGCCGCAUCGGGCCCUGACAAUCUCAACGCGUUGCAGCGGGCUAUCGACUCCAUGGAGGAGAAGGGCUUGCAAGAGGACCCGCGAUACUCGCAACUGUUGGCCAUCCGCGCGCGCUCCAACCCACAAGAUCCCAAUAAGGGGCUCUUCUCCAACAACCAACUGAGUCAAUUAAAAGCCCAAAUAGCGGCAUAUCGGAAGCUGGCUUGUAACCAGCCGAUUACGCAACAAAUAGCUAUGAUGGCGGCCGGGAAGCGAACCGGAGACACCCCGCCCGAGUGCCCCACGCCGCCCGCACAGCCGCCCUCGCCCUAUAGCCAAGGGCAGGCGCAGGCGGGCGGGCAGGGCGCGGGGCUGGCGGGCGGCAAGGGCGCGGCGGGCGGCGACGCGGCGCGCGGCGGCGGCGGCGCCCCGCCCACGCCGCUGCCCAUGACCGGCCAGAUGGCGCCGCCCACGCAGCCCACGCCGCCGCUGGUCAACCCGCCAAUGGGAGGAGCGCCACCACUUCGAGGUCCGGCGCCGCUGAGACCACCCGGUCCUAACGUAGGCCCUCCUACAUCUCAACAGCCCGGUGUACCAACUCCUGGAGCAAAGCAAAAUCGCAUCACAGCUAUACCGAAACCAGUUGGCAUCGAUCCCCUACAAAUAUUAAACGAAAGGGAAAACAGGAUAGCGGCGCGUAUCGCUCACAGAAUGGAAGUGUUAUCCAACUUGCCGGCCAACAUAUCGGACGAUCUUCGGUUACAAGCACAAAUUGAAUUGCGAGCCCUUCGGGUUCUCAAUUUCCAGAAGCAAUUGCGUGCUGAGAUAUUGGGUCAAAUUCGUCGUGACACAACGCUGGAGACGGCGGUGAACAUCAAAGCGUACAAGCGCACGAAGAGGCAAGGUCUGCGGGAAGCGCGCGCCACGGAGAAGCUUGAGAAGCAACAGAAGCUGGAAGCUGAGAGGAAGCGCAGGCAGAAGCACCAAGAGUUCCUGCAGACUGUACUGCAACAUGCAAAGGACUUCAAAGAGUACCAUCGCAACAACGUCGCGAAGCUGUCGCGCAUGAACAAAGCCAUCAUGAACCACCACGCCAACGCCGAGCGCGAACAGAAGAAGGAACAAGAGCGCAUUGAAAAGGAACGUAUGAGACGUUUGAUGGCGGAGGAUGAAGAGGGCUACAGAAAGCUGAUCGAUCAGAAGAAAGACAAGCGACUGGCGUUCCUUCUGUCGCAGACGGACGAGUACAUCGCCAGUCUCACGGAGAUGGUGAAGCAGCACAAGCAGGAGCAACGCAAGAAGCAGCAAGAAGAAGAGCGGAGGAAGAGGAAAUCUCGGAAGAAGAAGGUGCUAGAAGGUGGCGAGAUCGACGCUCUGGAUGACAGCUCUCAAACUUCAGACUCUCGAGUUAGCGUCAUGGAUCCUAAAACAGGAGAGAUAUUAAGAGGAGAAGAAGCCCCGUUGCUCUCGCAGUUUAAAGACUGGAUGGAAACCCAUCCAGGAUGGGAGGUGUUAUCUGACUCCGACGAUUCUGGAGACGACAGCCAAGAUGAUGAAAGGAGAGAGAGAAGGGAAAGGCACAGAGACGAGAAGAGUGACAGAGAAAAGACGGAAGAGGAGAAGGCGCGCGAUAUGAUCAAGAAGGCGAAGGUCGAAGAUGAUGAAUACAAAACUGAAGAACAAACAUAUUACAGUAUUGCUCACACGGUCCACGAAUCUGUCACUGAGCAAGCCAGCAUCUUGGUGAAUGGCAAGCUGAAAGAGUACCAGAUUAAGGGUCUAGAAUGGCUGGUGUCUCUCUUCAACAACAACCUAAACGGAAUUUUGGCAGACGAAAUGGGUCUCGGCAAAACCAUCCAAACUAUUGCAUUGGUCACCUAUCUGAUGGAGAAGAAAAAAGUCAACGGACCAUUUCUUAUUAUUGUACCAUUGAGUACUUUAUCGAACUGGGUGCUCGAGUUCGAGAAGUGGGCGCCGACGGUGCAGGUGGUGCCGUACAAGGGCUCGCCGGCGUCGCGCCGCCUCGUGCAGACGCAGAUGCGCUCCACCAAGUUCAACGUGCUGCUCACCACCUACGAGUACGUCAUCAAGGACAAGGGUGUGCUGGCCAAGGUGCAAUGGAAGUACAUGAUAAUCGACGAGGGCCACCGCAUGAAGAACCACCACUGCAAGCUGACGCAGGUGCUCAACACGCACUACAUCGCGCCGCACCGCCUGCUGCUCACCGGCACGCCGCUGCAGAACAAGCUGCCCGAGCUGUGGGCGCUGCUCAACUUCUUGCUACCUUCGAUAUUCAAGAGCUGCUCGACCUUCGAACAGUGGUUCAACGCGCCUUUCGCAACUACAGGCGAAAAGGUGGAACUAAACGAGGAAGAAACGAUCCUGAUCAUCCGUCGUCUGCACAAAGUGCUGCGUCCGUUCCUGCUGCGGCGGCUCAAGAAGGAGGUGGAGAGCCAGCUGCCCGACAAAGUGGAGUACAUCAUAAAGUGCGACAUGAGUGGCCUGCAGCGAGUACUAUACAAACACAUGCAAUCGAAGGGAGUGCUGCUCACGGACGGUUCGGAGAAGGGCAACAAAGGGAAAGGUGGAGCGAAGGCGCUCAUGAACACCAUCGUCCAGCUGCGCAAGCUCUGCAACCACCCCUUCAUGUUCCAGCACAUCGAAGAGAAGUUCUGCGACCAUCUCGGUACAGGCAGUGGAGUGGUUAGCGGACCUGAUCUAUAUCGAGCUUCUGGAAAGUUUGAACUGUUGGACCGUAUUCUGCCCAAGUUGAAGAAGGCUGGGCACAGAGUACUGAUGUUCUGUCAAAUGACCCAGUGUAUGACCAUCAUAGAGGACUAUUUCUCUUGGAGAUGUUUCCAGUACUUAAGAUUGGACGGAAUGACGAAGGCCGAGGACCGCGGCGAGCUGCUGAAGAAGUUCAACGAGACGGGCUCCGACUACUUCAUCUUCCUGCUGUCCACGCGCGCGGGCGGGCUCGGCCUCAACCUGCAGAGCGCGGACACCGUCAUCAUCUUCGACUCCGACUGGAAUCCGCACCAGGAUCUCCAAGCCCAGGACCGAGCGCAUCGUAUCGGACAGCGCAACGAAGUGCGCGUGCUACGACUGAUGACUGUCAACUCUGUGGAAGAAAGGAUCUUGGCUGCUGCGAGGUACAAACUAAACAUGGACGAGAAAGUAAUUCAAGCCGGUAUGUUCGACCAGAAAUCUACGGGCACAGAACGACAACAGUUCCUGCAGAGUAUCUUACAUCAGGAUGGGGAUGACGAAGAGGAGGAAAACGAGCUCCCGGACGACGAUUUGAUCAACGAGAUGAUCGCGCGCUCCGAAGAAGAGAUGGAGCUGUUCAAGCAGAUGGACAUCGAGCGCAAGAAGUCGGAGACGCAGACGCGCCUCAUCGAUGAGUCCGAACUGCCUGAUUGGCUCGUCAAGAACGACGACGAGGUCGUCUGCAACAAGGGCCAAGGCUGGAACUACCUGGACGAAGACGAAACCCUCGGCCGUGGAUCCCGGCAGCGCAAAGAAGUUGACUACACUGACUCUCUGACGGAGAAGGAGUGGCUCAAGGCCAUUGACGAGGAGUUCGAGGAGGAGGAAGAAGAAGACGAUGAUGAUGAGGUGCUCGAUAAGAAGAGGAAGAAAGGGCGUAAGCGACGACGUCAAGAGGAUUCUGAUGAAGAAGAAGUGCCCUGUUCCUCGAAAAAGAAAAGCAAAACAGAAAUCAAUAUGCUUAAAAAACGCCUAAAGAACAUUAUGAAGAAAGUUGUAGAUUAUUCUGAUGAGCAUAGAAACGGGCGUGUCUUGUCGGAGCCAUUCAUGAAGCUGCCGUCGCGUCGCGAACUCCCCGACUACUACGACGUUAUCAAGAAACCACUAGACAUUAAAAAAAUUAUGAACAGAAUUGAAGAUGGGAAGUACAUGGAUAUUUCCGAUAUGGAGCGCGAUUUCUUCACGCUGUGUGCGAACGCACAAACCUACAAUGAAGAAGCUUCCCUGAUCUACGAGGACUCGGUGCGGCUGCGAAAUGUUUUCAUCGAGAUCAGGCGGCGCUACGAGAACGGACAGAACUCUGAUGAAUCUGAUGAUAAUGUGAAUGUGAAUGAUAAUAAUAAAGAAGAAGACGAUUCAGAUGGGGAGUCAAAUCGUUCAGUUAAAAUGAAAAUCAAAUUGAAGAAUAAGAACAAGAGCACACCUUCCAGAAAACGAAAACAACGCAAAUACGUCUCUGACGAUGAAUACUUUGAAGAAGAUUAGUUUAAUAUAAGUAGUUUAUAAACUAUAUUUAAUUUACGGCUCAAUGCACUUUGUCCCAUAUUUAAACGUUAUGACUAUUUUUGGAGAUUUUCUUUCAUUAUUGUGGUUGAAAGUAUGAUUUUCUUAUUCACCAUUAACAUAUUUCCAGAAUUUGAACCAGUGCAGUUCUUAUUAUUCAACCAAAAUAAGCUACAAGUUUGAUAUUAUAUGACAGAUAUUACAAUACUAGUAUUCCAAUUUAUUUAAUCUAAACUGAUGACUCCAACAUGAUGGUAAACUGUAUUAGCCUUUAUUAAUUAGUUUAAUCAGAAUCAGGUUAAAGAUUGAAAUAGUGUUAUUACGAAUGUAAUAAGCUUAUACAAUAUGAAGUAACAUUUCUCGUAUAUACUUUUUGUUGUUUAUGGUAAGGUGCACAUUUUCCCAAUAAAAUUAGGUUAGAAUUUUCAUGAUGAAUCAAUCUUUUUCUAAUUAAUUUAAUAAAUAAAUAAAAUAUGAUAAUAAUUAUAUAAAUUUGAUGAUAUUGCAAUUUAAAAUGACUAUUUCAGAUGUACUUGACAUAUUAAUGAAAUUAUUUGAAUAACAAUUAUAGUAUUAUGAUAAUGAUAUGUUGGUGUUACAACAAUUUUAAGGGGUUUUAACAAUAGACAUUGACUUAUGUGUAUUAGGUGUAUGUGUAGUAAAUAAAAAACUUAAAUAAUUAA